AUGUCCUCCACAAGUGCCAUGAAAACGAGGCAGUUGACUCAUCUCCACUCGCAGCUUGCCCAGCUCUCAGCCAACCUCUCCGAUACGGAGAACUUGUUGCGCAUGACGGCCGUGCAGGCCGAGGCUAUGAGGGGCUUGGGGAGUUGGCAUGCCGGGCUGUUUAUGGCUGCUAGCAAGGUUCUCGGCGAGGAGAGCGUGAGAGAGCAGGCGGAGGCUGGUAAAUGA